CAAGACCACACCAGACAAUGAAACAACGCUUCUCGUCCCUCGACGUCAAAGUCAUCGCCCACGAACUCAACGCCUCCCUCACCUCCCUCCGCCUCUCCAACGUCUACGACCUCAGCUCCCGCAUCUUCCUCCUCAAAUUCCAAAAACCCGACCAGAUCCGCCACCAACUCAUCGUCGACUCCGGUUUCCGCUGUCAUCUCACCCAAUUCGUGCGAGCCACUGCCGCCCAACCUUCCCCCUUUGUCGCUCGCCUGCGCAAGUUCUUGCGAACGAGACGAUGUGUGAGUGUGCGACAGAUUGGGACAGAUCGCGUGAUUGAGCUGUGUUUUUCACAUGCGGAAGGCGUGUAUAGACUGUUUUUGGAGUUUUAUGCAGGCGGGAAUGUCAUUUUGACUGAUCAUGAAUAUCAUAUUUUGGGACUGUUGAGGAGUGUGAAUGAGGGGGAGGAGCAUGAGCAGUAUCGCGUGGGGUUGAAGUAUGACUUGGAAAAGAGGCAGAAUUAUGCUGGGGAGGGGGUGCCCGAUUUGACUAAAGUUUGGUUGAAAGAGGCGUUGCAGAGGACGGCGACGAAGUUGGUGGAGCAGGCGAAUCGGGAGGCCAGUAAGAAGAAAGUCGUGAAGAAGAAGAAGGGGGACUCGUUGAGGAAGGCCUUGGCUGUUACGACCACGCAGUUUCCGCCGGUGUUGCUGGAUCAUGCGAUUUUUGUGGCAAAGGUGGAUCGGGAGUUGGAGGCGCAGCAGGUGGUGGAUAGUGAGGAGUUGUUGGAUCAAGUGCUGAGUGCUUUGAGAAUAGCGGAGGGAGUGAUGGAGGAUAUCACGAGCCAGCCGAUCGCGAAGGGUUAUAUUCUGGCUCAGCGGAAGAAGGGAAUGGCGACACCAGAGAAGGCGGAGGAAGAGGGUGAGGAGGAGGGUCGCGAUGCGGACAGUACGAGUGGGCUCAUGUACGACGACUUCCACCCCUUCAAGCCUGCGCAACUGGCUGAAGAUCCGGCGAAUGUGUUUCUCGAGCACGAGGGCUUCAAUAUCGCAGUGGACGAGUUCUUUUCGUCUAUCGAAGGCCAGAAGCUGGAAUCGAAAUUGGCCGAGAAGCAAGAGAGUGCAAGAAAGAGGAUCGAGCAUGCGAAAAAAGAGCAGGAACAGCGCAUCAAUGGGUUGCAGCAGGUGCAGGAAUUGCAUGUACGUAAAGCACAAGCCAUCGAAGCCAACGUGGAGCGCGUCGAAGAAGCUACUGCUGCUGUCAACGGGUUGAUUGCACAAGGCAUGGAUUGGGAAGAUAUUGGUCGUCUGAUCGAACAAGAGCAGAAGCGACAUAACCCCGUGGCGGAGCUGAUCAAGCUCCCGCUGAAGCUUCAUGAAAAUACCAUGACAUUGUUGCUCUCCGAGCUCGGUGCCGAUGAUGAGGACGAAGAAGCCAAUGAGACUGAUAGCGAGCCUUCGGAUAGCGAAGACGAGGGCACGAACGCAGCUCAAGUCAAGCACGACGCGAAGCGGCUGACCAUUGACAUCGACUUGGCGGGAUCUGCUUGGGUCAACGCGCGACAGUACUACGACCAGAAACGUACUGCGGCUGUCAAGCAAGAAAAGACGGUACUGGCUUCGAAGAAAGCCAUCAAAUCGACUGAGCAGAAGGUCAUGGCUACUUUAAAGAAGGACCUCAAACAGGAGAAGGACGUGCUCAGGCCGGUACGGAAACAGUUCUGGUUCGAAAAAUUCAUCUAUUUCGUCUCAUCGGACGGUUACCUUGUUCUCGCUGGCAAAGAUGCGCAGCAGAAUGAGAUUCUAUACCGCCGCUAUCUGAAAAAGGGUGAUGUGUAUAUCCACGCCGACCUUGACGGUGCUGCGAGUGUGAUUAUCAAGAACAAGCUCAAUCCAGAAGAUCCCAUACCUCCGUCUACACUGGCACAAGGAGGAGAUCUGGCUGUUUGUACAUCGAGCGCGUGGGACAGCAAGGCCGUCAUGUCUGCUUGGUGGGUGAACGCUGAUCAAGUCUCGAAGACUGCACCAACUGGGGAGUAUCUCGCCGCAGGAGGGUUUAUAGUUCGCGGCAAGAAGAACUUUCUCCCUCCUGCGAAACUCCUCCUAGGCUUCGGAGUCAUGUUUCAGAUCAGCGAGGAGAGCAAAGCACAACAUGUCAAGCACCGUUUGGAACUCCCUCGGCAGAAUAGCUACAUGGCCACGCCGGAUUUGACGGAAGCAGAAACGGCGGUGGACUCGUCUGUUGCAGGAGGAUCUGACGAUGAUGAUGAUGACUUUCCAGAUGCCGCUGCUCCUGCACCCAAGAUCGAAGAUGACGAUGAUGAUGACUUUCCCGACGUGGCGAAUGAGGCGGGCGAUGUCUCCAGUGAUGAGUCGCCGAUUCAGCAACGAAGAAGGACAUAUGGUGAGCAGGAGAACGAUGAUGAUGAUGAUGAUCAGGACGAUUCGCUGCGACCUGCGCCCAGAAAUCCGUUGCAGUCAAUGGGACCUGGUCCUUCUGCUACUAAACUCGAGCAAGAUGAUACACAUGAUGAGGAGGAGGGAGAUGCAGAGUCGGAACACGGUGAAGCUGCUCAAACCAAUACGACACCCGAAGAUGAACACGACACUCCGGAUCAGGACGAGCAACCAGCACAACCCCAGCUUUCCAAUAAAGAGCGCAAGGAAUUGGCGAGGAUCCAAAAAGGCAAACCAGCUCAGCCUGCGCUUCCGAGCCAAAAACCUGCACGUGGACAGCGAGGCAAAAAGAAGAAGAUUGCAACCAAGUAUGCGAAUCAAGACGAAGAGGAUCGUGCGUUAGCCAUGCAACUUCUCGGGAGCAAAGCGGCGGAUGAACGACGCGAGGCUGAGGCAGCCAUCAAGGUGGAAAAGAAAGAAACCGAAGAAGAAGCCCGCGCUCGACGGAAGGCCCAGCACGAACGUGCGCAGCAAAAGGGCCUCGAAGCCGAAGAGUUGCGCAAAUUGAACCUCGAGGACGACGAUGGAAACGAUUCUUCCCAUGCGGGAACUUCUACAGCUGAGAUCAACACCAUCCUCGACUCUCUCAUCGGUCAACCAAUACCUGGUGAUGUCCUCCUCGAAGCCAUACCCACUGUAGCGCCCUGGGCAGCUCUAGCGCGAUACAAGUAUAAAGUGAAGCUGCAACCGGGACAGCAGAAGAAAGGAAAAGCCACGAGGGAGAUUCUGAGCAAGUGGAUGAGAGAUGCGUAUGAUGAGCGAAAACUCGAUCGUAGUGAGAAGGAUACGGAGAGGAUUUGGCCGAGAGAGGCGGAACUGAUCAAGGCGUGGAGGGAGGUGGAGGUGAUUGGUGUGAUUCCUGUCAAGAGCGUGAGGGUAGUCAUGUCUGGUGGUGGUGCUGGAGAGGGCAAGGGAAAAGGUGGUGGCGCUCGAGGUGGAAAGGGUGGACGAGGAGGGAAAGGUAGUAAGAGGAGGUAGAUGGACGACGACAUCUCAGGUAGGUAGGUAGGUAGGAAAAGAGAGGCAGAUCUUCCCAUCCAUUCUUUUCUCCUAGCGACCUGUCCUACCUAUCCUAUUCUACCUCAUCCUACAAAGCCUAGUCCGACAG